AUGAAGAUCGCCACGACCUUGUUCCUCUUCGUAGUUGUCGGAUGCACGUGGCGGGAGACACUAGGGACAUGCGUGUUUCAGUCGGACUUUGGUUUCGCGCUAAACUGCGCCUUCAAAAAGUCUGGCCUCUUUCGAGUACGAAAUCUUGGAGGUGUCAAAGGCUACGUCGGCCUGGGGUUUUCCGUUGGUGACGAACUCGGAUUUGGCCAAUCCCUGUCCAAUGUCGAGGCAUCGAAAAGAAGAAGCGUACAGGCUGGUAGAGGUGGACUUCCAUCUUACACUAACACGGCUACCAGUCGAGAUGAUGUCAGGCAACAAACACAAAACACCCGACAAACCGCGGUGGUUCCUCCUUUCAAACCUCUGCCACCUGGAGCAGCUCGGCCAAUAGCUCAACAGCCAGAACGCCAAAAAUUGGUUGUGCAGCAGAACUCAACAGCUCUCAGAACCAUCCCAGCACCUUCCUUAUCAACGACGCAACAAGACCUGCUGAGGCAACAGCAAUUAAUGCAACAGGAAGCAAAACAGAAGCAGCAACUACGAUUGCAACAAGAAGCUUUGGCGUUGCAAGUAUUAAAGCAACAGAGGCUACAGCAACAGGAAGCUAUGAGACAGCAACAACUUCAGAAACUUCAACAACAACAACAACAGCAGAAACAGCAACAGAUCAGCAAGAGGCAUCAACAAAUUGUUCCAAUGCAAGUAAAGAGGGAUCAGACACCACAGAUGGUCGCAGUCGCAGCUGCAGUCCCAGGAAAGCUGCCCAACAUAGUGGCUGCAAUUCCACCAGCUAGCAGUAUCGUGGAACCAGAAUCUUCGAUGAAACCGAUAUCUUCGAAUGACGGUUUACCGCCCUUCAUCUCGAUGCCACCGUCGUCUGCACAGUUGACUGAUCGAAUUAGCAACAGCCCUACUAUUCUCGAGGAUGCUGAUAACGAAGUGUCCAAAGACGAUUUCAAUCAGCUGCCUUUACCUGGAGACGAGGCUGCUUCUUCCGUGAACGAGAUGACCUUACUUUCCCUCCAUCCAAUGUCAGGCGAAUCGAGUCAAUCGCAACAGCAAAACGAGAAGAGACAGUCUUUGCCGGCAACCUUGCCAUCAUUGGCGCCUAUUCACGGUAUGGAGACGUCGCUGAAAGCUCUGGCUGAAGCUAGCAAUAUCACUCUCGAAGCUCUGGAGGCAGCUAUACUUGUCAGACAGCAGCAGCUUCUACGAAAGCAGCAAGGACCAACGAGCACGAGCACAAGCACCACGACAACUGCAUCUCCUCAUAAAACUAAAUACAGUUCUGGAGCGACUAAAGUGAUGAACGCACCUCGUGAAUAUUAUCCGAUGGGUUACGACAAGAACUUCGACGACAAUUUUGCCAGUCGCGUGGAUCUUCCUGACACGAGCUUUUACUGUGGCGAUCAGAAGCAUUUUCCAGGACUCUAUGCCGACGAGGAUCUAGGGUGCAUGGUGUUUCACGUCUGUGCUCUAACAGACGACGGGCUGAUCAUGAAGAGCUUCCUUUGUCCCGAAUCGACUCUGUUCGAUCAGACGAUUCUGAAAUGUAACUGGUGGUUCUACGUGGAUUGCAAAUCUUCGAAGGGCCUGUACGAUAGCAAUAUUCCAAUUAGCAAAAGUUAUCAGUUGAUGAAGGCUCUUGCGUUCUUCUCGGCGUACAAAAACCACGACAAUAGUACAACUGGUGCUCAGGAGAGCUCAGAAAUCGAGAGCUCUUGA